UCGGUCCUUUCGGUGUCUCGCGUCGUGUCGAGAGACGUCUAGGAACGUCACGAUUUUUUCCACCUUCUACACGAUUUUUUAAUCGUGAUCCACGCACAGUUUCGAUCCAAUCCCUUCGAGGUGAUCCAGUGACCGAUAGAAAAAUCAUUAUUGACUUCGAGAAGAGGAUAAUUUCUAGAAAGGAUACGUCGCAGCUACAGUGUACAUCAUGGCGGUAGAAUCGAGAUGGAUGCCAUGUCAACUGAAAAUCGAGCCGAACAUCUGCAGCUGCGACUACGAUGGCAUAAUCCUGGUGUCAGGAUGCGCGCCGGGCUACGACGAGCCCGAGCCUUUCAAAACGGUUCUGUUCAGCGCUGCCCAGAUCGAUUCCGCCCUGGGCGUAAUCGGUGCGGUUUUGCCCAUCAAUUUACCCGCGAAAAGGCUCAUUUACAGUCCGACCGGCCCGCUCAACAUGGAUUACCACGACGUGCGGAGCUUCGCCGAGGCGGCCACUAAGGGCGUAAAGAGAGCGUUGAAAGCUGGUGUCAGGUGUCCACUGUUCGCACUCCUGCCGGAUAUCCGCUUCGAGAACGUCGAACUGGUCACUCUUCUUGGAGCCCUCGAAGGUUUCUACGUGCCGCUAGAGGUGCGAGAGACGUGCCCGGAUCGUUGCUACAAGGCGUGUCAACUGGGCGUCUGGAGUCCGAUUUGUAGCAAGAAGCUUCAGGGUAUCGUGAAGCUGGCCUCGGCGCUCGAGAGUGGAAGAUACGUCGCGAGAGACAUCGGCGGCGCAGAUCCCGAAAGAAUGGCGCCACCAAGGGUCGAGGAGUAUCUGGCGGAGCUGUUCUGCGGCUCGAACGUGACUAUGCAAGUGGUGUCCGACCAGGAGACCCUCCUCCAGGAGUACCCGCUGUUCGCUUGCGUGAACCGUGCCGCGUCUAUGAUCCCCCGCCACGCUGGCAGGAUUAUUUUCCUCACCUACGAGCCGCCCAAUCCCGCCUGCAUACUUGAAACGGUGAUGUUCGUGGGCAAGGGUGUUACCUACGACACGGGGGGCGCGGAUAUCAAGAGCAAGGGCAACAUGUUCGGGAUGUCGAGGGAUAAAUGCGGGGCGGCUGCCUGCGCUGGAUUCAUGCAGGUGGUGAAUUUACUGCAACCGCCGACUGUGAAGGCGGUGGCUGCUCUCUGCGUGGUGAGGAAUAGCGUGGGUGAAAAUUCGUACGUCUCGGAUGAAGUGAUCACCGCGAAAUCCGGCACGAGGGUACGUAUUGGGAAUACGGAUGCGGAGGGCCGUUUGGUCAUGGCCGAUGCCCUGUGCCAUAUCAAAGAAAUGGCGCUGUGCUCGGUCAAUCCGCACAUUUUCACGGUGGCAACGUUGACCUAUCAUGCGAUACUAACUGCCGGCCGAGGAUACUCGAUCGCCAUGGACAACGCGGUGGCGCGUUUGGUGAGCAACGCGGAGAAGCUUCAAGCUUCGGGUGAGACGAUGGGCGACCCAUUCGAGAUAUCGAGGAUACGAAGGGAGGAUUUCAGUUUCCACGAGGGGCGAACGGAAGGGGACGAUGUCCUGAAUUCGGAUAAGGACAGUUCAGGUGUGACGAACAGGGGCCAUCAAGGACCGUCCGCCUUCCUGAUCAUGGCCUCCGGCCUGGACAAGCACGGCACACGAUCGGGGACACCUCUGAAAUAUUCUCACUUGGAUAUCGCCGGGAGCGCUGGCGAUAUUCCCGAUCCUCCAACAGGUGCUCCAAUUCUGGCGUUGGCCAAACAGUUUCUCGUUCGCGACUGCGAGGAGGCCAGCUAGGCGGGCCAGCCGGUCGAAAUUUUAUUACUUGACAUUACGUUUUCAGGUUUCCUGAGUCGGGAUUCAUCAGUCAAUCAUGUUUUUUAAUUUUGUAUUUCGUGUAUACGCAGAGAGAAGCAGAUCUUCAAUCAAGAGAAUAAACGAUCGAUGUAUCUAAUCAA